CACUCAGAUGCAGAAACUCAACGGCUGCGCCAUCGACGACGGAUGCUCACGCAAGAGCUGCCAUGCCAUGAAACGAUACAGACGCAGAGCCACGGUGGAUGACUGAAAUAAGGCUAUCUGUGCGGCGACCAAUGUUGUCUAUCGAAGGACGGGCUGUCGGUGUCGCUCGCCGAGCCAAUUUGGACCAAAUUACUGUUGCUCGUUUAUGCUCAGUCAGAUACGCUUUCAAAUGCUGUGCCGAGAUCUAUCGGCAUCACUAUGUACGCGUCUGGGAACCGAACACUUGGUGCCGACUAGCUGUCCAAUCGCCAGCCAACGCGCGAUUGUAUGUUGUGUUGAAGUUGGCCAUCAUACGUAUCUUUUCCAAUCUAUCUAUGCCAGAGGAUUCCGCAGCUGGAGCGCCGCAGCGCAUGGCGAGCGAGGAGGACACUGCGACGAACUACACGAACCACCUUGUCGCGUACAUGUACCCAAGACAACGCCCGCCAGCCACACACCUCGCGUUGAUCAUGCCUCUUGGCGACCCCCAAGCGCUCCCAGUAACUAUCUGGGCCAACCGCAUCACAGGAUCGGACGUCUUACAUGCACAAACAAGCAAGGCACGCCCUUGCACUGACCGGAAUUGAACCGCCAAACGUUCCUCCGUCAUCGUCAUCAUCAUCGCACCGCACGCCACCACGCGAUCGCUAAAGUCACAUUCGCUUCGCACGUCAAAUUCGUACAUGCACAUGCACAAGUAGAAGACAGGAGCGCGAGGAGAUCGGCGGUGGGGAGUGGUAGAAGAGAA